CAGAGCCCCAGUGAGUGGAUACUCUGUUUCUGUGGGUCUUUGCCUGUCAGCUCGCUCUCUCACUCAGGGAUCUGCUUCUCUCCAGUGAAUUGUUAAAAAAAACACGUUUUAUCUUUUCUCCCUAAACGAUGCAAUUGGAAGGAAACUGCAAGGGGGUUCUUGUUGAUUCAUGUCAAACCGGGCAAUUAAUUCAAACUCUCCCUCUCUCUCUGCUUUCUUCCAGUCUACUCUCUGGUUUUGAAGCCACGCAGUACGUCAGUUGCCGGAGUUAUUUGUAUGUUUUCUCUCUCUCUCUCUGAGACUGAGUAAACUUGCAGUGAGUUGCAGAUUUCUUUUCGAAACGUAGAUCCUGUAGGAGGAAACCGAGAUCCGAAAAGCGGACGAUUUCCGCCUCUCAGUGUCAGGCAGAGAGUGAGAGAGAACGGGACAGAGAGGGGGAAUGUGAAAGGAGCCAGGGGAGAUUAACAACAGCCCGAGGCAGCCCCGAAUAGAGCCUAAUGAACAGACAAGAAGCUCAAACCAUCUCGCUGGAAGACUAAACUUGCAUUGCAGCAGAUGUCUCAAUGUCUCAGGAAAAUCACCAGUGCUGCAGUUCCAAAGAACAGGAGCCAUCGCCCACUUCACAAGAAACGCAAUUGUCCCGGGAUAGAGAUGAUGGGAAUGAAGGAGCAAGAGAUUACAGAGAAGACACUGCAGCAUUCCUGGGCCAGACAGCUUCCCAUGAGGUUGGAGGUCACAGUUCACCAGGAAGUGCUAUAACAUAUCAACCCAAGGCACCCCAUACAGCAAGAUGCUUGGUGCCAGAAGAUGCUGGCCAAUGCCCUGUUUUAUCACAGACUAGUAUCAGACAUGCAGCCCACUCACACAGCACAGAUACUGAUGCUACAGGCACAGCAGAAAGCCCAAUCACUCACUCUCUGACUGGGCACAGAGCAUGUUACAGUCCUGUGGAGCACUCCAGCCAGCAUGGGAAGCUGCAGUCUUAUCCAUCCAUCAACAGCCACAGCAGCAAGAAGAGUAAAUCCAGUUCCAGGUCAACGGCAUCUCAGAUCCCAUCUGAUGCAGAGGAAGAUUGCUGUGUUCACUGUAUCCUGGCCUGCCUAUUCUGUCAGUUCCUUACCUUGUGCAACCUGGUGUUAGACUGUGCGACCUGUGGAACCUGCGCCUCAGACAGCUCCUGCUGUUUCUGCUGUGGCUCGGAGGAAUGUGGGCCGUGUGACUUGCCAUGUGAUCUGGAUUGUGGCAUCGUGGAUGCUUGCUGCGAAUCAGCAGACUGCCUGGAGAUCUGCAUGGAGUGUUGUGGCCUCUGCUUCUCCUCAUAACUGUGAAUCACGGCAAUCCAGAUGGGCUUCAUUGGGAAUGUGGCACAGUUGUUGGUUCUGCUCCGUAUCAGAGACUCUCCAGCCAAUGGAGGGAAUGUCCUCCAGGCCAAGGAACAGAGUGUGAGAAUGCCAACUCUGAAAGCUAGUAUAGCCAGGACUGGAAGACUAGACAAAGUCACAAUGACAUUGUCGGCAGCACCGUCAGUUCGUUCAGAUAUUAUGUUAAAAACCAUGAUCUUCAGACACUUCAAGCUCCAAGGGUUUUUGUGGGUCCGUUUAUUUUUCUCCCCUUCACCUGCUCGGAUCACAGCUCCCCCCACAUUAGCCCCACAAUCCCCCCACCCACCCACCAGUGGUACCCCAUGUUGAAACUGCUCUUCAGUCCUAGAUCCUGGCCCUGCAUUCUACAGGAAAUGCAGAAUAAGGGAAGGGUGACAGUGGGUCAGGGGCGAUACUCUGGGGACGGUGACAGUGGGUCAA